GACCAGUUCUAUUGAUCUGGACUCCUGGUCAAGUGGUUGGACCAACAGACAGACACCAUGAGGGCUCUGCUGCUCCUGGGGGCCCUGCUGGUGAGCCUGGAGUCAACGGUUUCGACUCCACCUUGGAAACGCCCCAAGAAGCAUAAGCUCACAGAGAGUGAGCACACAGUGGUUCUCACUGUCACCGGGGAACCCUGCCACUUCCCCUUCCAGUACCACCGGCAGCUGUAUCAUAAAUGCAUCCACAGAGGCCGGCCAGGCCCCCGACCUUGGUGUGCUACUACCCCCAACUUUGAGAAGGACCAACGAUGGGCAUACUGCCUGGAGCCCAAGAAAGUGAAAGACCACUGCAGCAAACACAAUCCCUGCCAGAAGGGAGGGACCUGUGUGAACAUGCCAGAUGGCCCACGCUGCAUCUGUGCAGAUCACUUCACUGGGAAGCACUGCCAGAAAGAGAAGUGCUUUGAGCCCCAGUUUUUCCGGUUCUUCCAUGAGAAUGAAAUAUGGCAUAGGCUUGAGCCAGCAGGUGUGGUCAAGUGCCAGUGCAAGGGUCCGAAUGCCCAAUGCAAGCCACUGGCCAGCCAGGUCUGCCGCACCAACCCGUGUCUCAACGGGGGCAGCUGCCUGCAGGCGGAGGGCCAUCGCCUGUGCCGUUGCCCCCCUAGCUUCGCCGGACGUUUAUGCGAUGUAGACCUCAAGGCGAGUUGCUACGAAGACCGCGACCGCGGACUCAGCUACCGCGGCGUGGCCGGGACUACGCUGUCCGGCGCACCCUGUCAGUCGUGGGCCUCCGAGGCCACCUACUGGAAUGUGACCGCAGAGCAAGUGCUGAACUGGGGACUGGGCGACCAUGCCUUCUGCCGCGCCUCCACCCCACCUCGUGGUUACAGGAACCCCGACAACGACACCCGCCCGUGGUGCUUCAUUUGGAAAGGCGACCGACUGAGCUGGAAUUACUGUCGCCUGGCACCGUGCCAGGCCGCAGCUGGGCACGAGCACGUCCCCUUGCCUUCGCCAUCGGCUUUGCAGAAACCUGAGUCCACGACCCAGACCCCGCUUCCAUCCCGGACUUCAGGCUGGUGCUCGCCGACUCCUCUGGCCAGCGGAGGCCCCGGGGGCUGUGGACAGCGGCUCCGCAAAUGGCUGUCCUCGCUGAACCGCGUCGUCGGAGGACUGGUGGCGCUCCCCGGGGCGCACCCCUACAUCGCCGCGCUGUACUGGGGCCAACAAUUCUGCGCCGGCAGCCUCAUCGCCCCCUGUUGGGUGCUGACUGCGGCUCACUGUCUGCAGAACCGACCCGCGCCGAAGGAGCUGACCGUGGUGCUCGGCCAGGACCGCCACAACCAGAGCUGUGAGCAGUGCCAGACGCUGGCAGUGCGGGACUACCGCCUGCACGAGGCCUUCUCGCCCAUCACCUACCAGCACGACCUGGGCUUCUCCCCGCCCGGGUUAGCUCUGGUGCGCCUGCAGGAGAGCGCGGACGGCUGCUGCGCGCACCCGUCGCCUUUCGUUCAGCCAGUGUGCCUGCCGAGUACCGCCGCCCGCCCCGCCGAAUCCGAAGCCGCAGUCUGCGAGGUGGCCGGCUGGGGUCACCAGUUCGAGGGGGGGGUCCCCAGAACUCCUGUGGCGAAGCAGGAGAGCCUCAUGUUCUCUGGAUUCCCUCUGGGCACUGGGCUGCAAGGGCUACUAGAACGCUGGCCCGCGAUGGAGCCGCAGGUGGGGAAUAUUCCAGCUUCCUGCAGGAGGCUCAGGUGCCACUCAUCGACCCGGAGCGCUGCUCCGCCCCCGACGUGCACGGAGCAGCCUUUACCCGCGGCAUGCUCUGCGCUGGCUUCCUCGAGGGCGGCACCGACGCAUGCCAGGGUGACUCCGGAGGCCCUCUGGUGUGUGAGGAUGAGACCCCUGAGCGCCAGCUCAUCCUGCGAGGCAUAGUCAGCUGGGGCUCAGGUUGCGGCAACCGCCUCAAGCCGGGUGUGUACACCGACGUGGCCAACUACCUAGCCUGGAUUCGGGAGCACACCGCUUCCUGACGGCCCGGCUGCUUUCCCUUCUGAACAGUUCUGGAAUGGAAGCGUGGCUGACGGGGGAUUAUGGAUAGCAAGGAUUGUUUUCCAUUCCCCACAGCGCUGCCAGCCCGGGGCCAGGCAUGGCAUAGGCACUCAAUAAAGUGCUUUUGAAGCUGCUUGAAA